AUGAAAAAUCACACAGCAGUGACAACUUUUAUCCUGCUGGGACUGACGGAUGACCCACAACUCCAAGUCCUGAUUUUUAUUUUUCUAUUUCUCACCUACAUGUUGAGCGUAACAGGGAACGUGACCAUCAUCAGCCUCACGUUGGUGGACUCCCAUCUGAAAACGCCUAUGUACUUCUUCCUGCGAAAUUUUUCCUUCUUAGAAGUUUCAUUUACCACUGUCUGUAUUCCUAGAUUCCUGUAUAGUAUAUCAACUGGGGAUAAUACCAUUACCUAUAAUGCUUGUGCAAGUCAAAUAUUUUUUGUUAUUCUCUUUGGAGCCACCGAGUUUUUUCUCCUGGCAGCUAUGUCCUAUGACCGCUGUGCCAUCUGCAAACCCCUGCAUUACAUGAGCAUCAUGAACAGUAGAGUCUGCACCUUAUUAGUCCUCAGCUGUUGGGUAUCUGGCUUGAUGAUCAUUGUUCCACCCCUUAGCUUGGGCCUCCAGCUGGAAUUCUGUGACUCCAAUGCCAUUGACCACUUCAGCUGUGACGCAGGGCCCCUCCUAAAGAUCUCAUGCUCAGAUACAUGGGUAAUAGAACAAAUGGUUAUCCUUGUGGCUGUAUUUGCACUCAUUAUCACCCUAGUGUGUGUGUUUCUGUCCUACACAUACAUCAUCAGGACAAUCCUGAGAUUCCCCUCAGUCCAACAACGGAAAAAGGCCUUUUCCACCUGUUCCUCCCACAUGAUUGUCGUUUCCAUGACCUACGGUAGCUGCAUCUUCAUCUAUGUCAGGCCCUCGGCAAAGGAGGAGGUGGCCAUAAAUAAAGGCGUUUCAGUGCUCACCACUUCUGUUGCACCUUUGUUAAAUCCCUUCAUUUACACCCUGAGGAAUAAGCAAGUGAAACAAGCUUUUAAUAACUCCAUAAAGAGGAUUACAUUUCUCUCAAAGAAGUCAAAGUUUUAA